AUGCCGCCCAAGAAGCAGGACAAGAACCAGCCCAAGGCCUCCAAGACCACGGUCGACAAGACCUUUGGCAUGAAGAACAAGAAGGGCGGCGCAGCGCAAAAACAGAUCAAGCAGAUCCAACAGGCUCAAUCAUCAUCCAAGACGCCCGACCAGAAACGCAAGGAAGCCGAAAAGGCACAGCGCGAGGCUGAGAAGAAGGCGGCCGAGCAGGCGCGCAAGGAGGCGGCGGAGCUGUUCAAGCCGGUGCAGACGCAGAAGGUGCCGUUCGGCGUGGAUCCGAAGACGAUCGUGUGCCAGUUUUUCAAGAAGGGACACUGCGACAAAGGCAAGAAAUGCAAGUUCUCCCACGAUCUGGCCAUUGAGCGCAAGACGGAGAAGAAAUCCUUGUACGCAGAUACGCGCGAGGGUGAGGACGAGGAGAAGAAGAACGAUGAUAUGUCUCAGUGGGACGAGGAGAAGCUGCGCGACGUUGUCAAGUCGAAGCACGGAAACCCGCGGACGACUACGGACAAGGUGUGCAAGUUCUUCAUCGAGGCGAUCGAGAACCAGAAGUACGGAUGGUUCUGGACGUGCCCCAACGGCGGCGACAAGUGCAUGUAUAGGCACGCUCUGCCUCCAGGUUUCGUCAUCAAGACCAAGGAGCAGCGCGCGGCCGAGAAGGCAUUGCAGGACAAGAACCCCAUGAACACGCUUACUCUCGAAGACUUCCUGGAAUCGGAGCGCCACAAGCUCACGGGCCCGGGGACGCCCGUUACUGCCGAGACUUUUGCCAAGUGGAAGCAGGAGCGUAUGGACAAGAAGGCGGCCGAAGAGGAGGCCAAGAAGCUCAAGGAGGCAACCGGCCGUGCGCUCUUCGAAAAGGGUGGCUGGGAGAACGACAGCGAGGACGAGUCGGACGACGACGAUGGCGUCUUCAACCUCGAGGCUCUGCGAAGAGAAACCGAGGCUGCACGCCAAGCCAAGGAAGAAGAGCGACUGGCCGAGAUGGGUGGUAUUCCAGCUUAA